CAGCAGCAGCGAUACUAUGGAGCAGGAGAAAUAUUUGCCCGAGCUGAUGGCAGAGAAGGACAGCCUGGACCCGUCCUUUGUUCAUGCAAUGCGCCUCCUGGCUGAAGAAAUUGAAAAAUUUCAGGGUUCUGAUGGGAAAAAGGAAGAUGAAGAAAAGAAAUACCUUGAUGUCAUCAGCAACAAAAACAUAAAGCUGUCAGAAAGAGUACUGAUCCCUGUCAAACAGUAUCCCAAGUUCAAUUUUGUUGGGAAAUUGCUUGGACCAAGAGGAAACUCCUUGAAGAGGUUACAGGAGGAGACAGGUGCAAAAAUGUCUAUCCUGGGCAAAGGUUCCAUGAGGGAUAAAGCUAAGGAAGAAGAACUAAGGAAAAGUGGGGAAGCCAAAUAUUCACACUUGAGCGACGAGCUUCAUGUUCUAAUUGAAGUGUUUGCUCCACCUGGGGAAGCUUAUUCACGUAUGAGUCAUGCCUUGGAAGAGAUUAAAAAAUUCCUUGUUCCAGACUACAAUGAUGAAAUCCGUCAGGAGCAGUUGAGAGAAUUGUCAUACUUGAAUGGUUCUGAAGAUUCAGCACGUGGACGGGGCAUUCGUGGAAGAGGAAUCCGGGUACCACCUGCAGCUCCAUCAAGAGGACGUGGGGGUGCGAUUCCUCCUCCCCCACCUGGGCGAGGUGCCCAAACACCUAGAGGGACACCAGUGACUCGUGGAGCACUCCCAGUUCCUCCUGUAGCUAGAGGCGUUCCGACCCCUCGAGCAAGGGGAACUCCAGCAGUUCCAGGCUACAGACCACCCCCUCCUCCAGCACAUGAGGCCUAUGAAGAAUAUGUAUCGUUCCCUCUCUCCCUUGGCUUCCAUCUUGUUGAAAAAUCACAUAUAGGAUAUGAUGAUGGAUAUGGGGGUGAAUAUGAUGACCCAAGCUAUGAGGCAUAUGAUAACAGUUAUGCCACCCAAACACAGAGUGUGCCUGAAUAUUAUGAUUAUGGUCAUGGAACAAGUGAAGACGCUUAUGACAGCUACGCACAAGAAGAAUGGGCCACAACCCGUUCCAGCCUAAAGGCACCACCUCCAAGGUCAGCCCGAGGGGGUUACAGGGAACACCCCUAUGGUAGAUAUUGAAGGUCCUCCUCAUCUGUGACCUCAACUCAAAGACAAUUAAUAGCCUGUGGUCUCCACAUAAACAGCAACAAGA